AUGGAUAAAACUCAGAAUAAAAUGACAGGAAGAUUUCGUUUUCGAGUGUUUAAAGCUUUUCAAGAAAAACUAAAAUUUAGUUAUUCCAUAGCUAAGCCAGUAGAUGAUUACUUUGGAAGAUUAAUAAAAAAUAGAACAUGGACAGAAAUGAUUGGAAAAAUUAUAAGACAGGAAGUGGACAUGGGAAUCGUUCCAAUCUUUAUUAAUUACAAUUUGUAUUCAAUCACUGAGUUUUCUGCAGGGGUAGGAUAUCAAUCUAUUGUGUUCAUUGUGAAGAAACCUGAGAAGAUCCCUAAUUGGAGUUCCAUUGUCGCUCCAUUUUCAUUUAUGAUUUGGAUCGCUAUUUUCAUAACCGUUAUUGUGUUCGGACUAGCGUUACACAAAGUGUUAGAAAGAGACUUUGCAUUACAAGAUAUAGAAGUAUUUUGGCCAGAAGUAAAAUUUUCUGGAAUUUGUUUCGAACAUUCGAAUUUUGUAUACGCAGGAAUAAAUUUGGAUGGUAUGAAGAGGUUUUCACCCAGAUUUAUGAUUGGAAUAUGGUGGCUAUCCAUCCUUAUUUUAGGGUCUAGUUAUAGCGGGACUUUAAUGUCGUUCAUGAUGUAUUCUGUUACUAAAGAAAUUCCAAACACUUUUGAACAGUUAGCAAAUUCUAUACUAACAGGGGAAUAUACUUGUGGAGUAGCCAGUACAUCUAUUUUAUGGCAAACAAUUCAAAAUUCCAAGUUAAAAUCUGCGAAGAUCAUAACAAAUCAUAUAAUACAAAACAACAACUUUAUUGAAUUAAACAAAGGAAUUCAAAGAGUACAGAAAGAACGAUUCGCUUUAAUAUAUGCUGAUUAUGUAUUAAAAAAGAAACUUCGAAAUGAUAUAGACAACUUUAUAUUUUCGAAUGACAACCUUUUUACUUUUAUGGAAGUAUAUGCAAUGAGGAAGAGUUUUCCAUUCAGACAUCAAAUUUAUGAAAUAACUAGUCGAUUAUUCGAAUCUGGAAUCAUCGAGAAAAUCGAUCAUGCUGAACAAUCUAGAAUAAACAGAGAUUCGGAACUUCGCGAAUUAUCCAUCAAAGAUAUUAUCAGCCCCUCUCUGUUACUUAUAUUGGGCUACUUUCUGUCUCUUCUCUGCUUUGUUAUCGAGAAAAAAUAUAUAAAAUUAGUCUGCCGAGACUUCACUACUAUAAAAACGGGCAUAGAAUUCCUCGCCGUAAAAGCUUUUAAUUACGUGACAUAUUUGCAUUUUCGUCUUGAUUGCGGCGGAGGUCCGGCUAACAAAAAUUUUACGGUGACGGUGAUGCCCCAAGUGUGCAAAAGAAGUACUUCUUCGCACGCGAAUUGGUGGAAACAGAAGACGGUUAAUAUGUGA